AUGACCACCGGAGGUUCCCGAACGCUCAACCGGCUAGAAAUAGCUGAAAACAACAACCAUGUGAACGAAAGCAUUCAUAUGGCCGUGAACAGAAAUGAACAGGGAUGCCUGUCUGAGUCAGAGCCGACCAAGGAUGACGUAAGUGCCCGUGAACGCAGCGCGACUGACGGCCUGACUUAUGUUUUUUUACCGGACACAGAACCUCGAAGCCACCUCCAUGGUAUGGUCUUCCUGUUGGGAUUGAUGAGUCAGGAGACCACGAGACCAAAGAUCAGGGACUGCAGGGACCAGGUAAGCGUUCCAUGA